CCCGGGUAGGUCAGUAUGCCAGUGUCUGCUGCAGGGUCCGCACCCCCGGCGACUCCCCUUUCAGUUGUGAUCCGCAGUGAGAGUGAGUGCCUCGUGGCGUCUGGUUCGUUCGAUUCUGUGGGCUGAGUAAUUGACGCCGAAGCCAUGGCUCCCUGUCAGAACAACCCGACCGGAAAGCUGACGCCCGAGACGCAAGGAUCGGAACACAAGGAGACAUUUAGGGACGAAGAAAAAGAGAAGUUAUCCACUCUCCGCCGGACCACGAAGUUCGGCAUCGCGGUCACCCUUGGCAACUUCCUCUACGGCCACUUCUUAGUCGCCUCUGACCUCCCUCGGGACCACAGACAAGACCCAUGGCUCCUCACGAAGUCCCCCCUGCCCACGGUGGCUCUCUCCCUCCUCUAUGUCCUCGGGGUGACCUGGAUUGGCCCGAAGCUCAUGGCCAAGAGGAAGCCGUUUGAAGGACUCAGGAACGUCAUGGUGGCCUACAAUGCAGUCCAGGUCGUUUACUCUGCCUGGCUGGUCUACGAGCUGGGCAUGGGCGGCUGGUUCGGCUCCUACUCCUUCAGGUGCCAAACGUGUGACUUCAGCGAUGAUCCGAUGGCCGUCAGGAUGAUGCACGCUAGCUACUGGUAUUACUUUUCCAAGUUUGUCGAUUUUCUAGAUACGAUUUUCUUCGUCCUGCACAAGAAAUACGAACACAUCUCAGUUCUUCACGUGUGCCACCAUUCCCUUAUGCCGGUUAGCAUGUGGUACGGCGUCCGUUAUCAGCCAGGCGGCCACAACACACUGAUGGGGCUGCUCAACUCCUUCGUCCACGUCGUCAUGUACGGCUACUACCUCCUGGCCGCCAUGGGCCCCAAAGUCAGGCCGUACUUGUGGUGGAAGAAACACGUCACGACCCUCCAGAUGGUGCAGUUCAUCACCGUCAUCGUCCAUGCUCUCCAGCUGACGGUCGCCGACUGCCCCGGCGUGCCCCCCGCCCUUAACCUGUGGGUGGGACUCAACGCCCUCAUGUUCCUCGGUCUCUUCGCCGACUUCUACGUCAAGUCUUACCGCGAGAAGAGAGCGUCGCAGAAGCAGAAGGCGCAGGCGACCUCCACCUCCCGCGUGCCCGAGGCGCCCCUGUACUCCAAGAUCCAGAGCAAACUCCCCCCCAACAGCGUCGCCGGCACCGCCUACCAGACCUUGGACUUGUGCGAGAAGAUGGCACUGCGGAGUCGCCUGGGUGCCAUUUAACGUGUCAUGGAUUUCGUCUGUCCGUUUUCAUGUUCCCUUUUCUGAUUAUUUUCCCUUUUUUUCUUUCUUUUCUUUUCUCUCUUCUUCGUCUUCUUUUUCUUCUUCGUCUUCCUCGUCUUCCCUUUUCCUCCUUUUCUAUUCUUCUUAGUCAUUAAUGAUUUGAUUUAGUCUAAUAUAACUGUGUUAUUCCUGUGAGACCAUACUUGGUGUAGCAUUUAUAAGUGAUAGUUCAAAAUGCCAAAAAACAGUCUGAUUUUUCUCACUAUUAGUUCGAAAUGCCACAGAGAGAUUUCAUCUAUCUCACUUUCUUUCUUAAUUACUCUCUCUCUCUCUCUCUCUCUCUCUCUCUCUCUCUCUCUCUCUCUCUCUCUCUAACUCUUUUCUUUUUCUUCUCCUUCUCCUUCUUCUUGUUCUUUUUCUUCUCCUUCUUCUUCUUCUUCUUCUUCUUCGUCCCUUUCUUCUCCAUCAUAAAAUUUCCGACUAUUUUCGCUCGGUAAAAAAAACUGCAGCGAGUUAGUUACAUCACAGUGACGUCAUAAACAGAGGUCGGGCAUGGCAAUGACCUGCCUGGCCUUGAAAAGAAUACGAAAAAGAUUAUAGACUAAAAAAAGGGAUAAGAAGAACAUAGUUGUGUAAUUUCGUGUAAAUUCAAUCUAUACAAGUCUCAUUUUUUAAUAGUUUACUAUACAUGAAAAUACCCUGCCUGGAAAAUACGAGAGAAAAAAUAUAAAAUAUUGAAAAAAUGUGUAAAAAAACUGAGCUCCUAGACAAUAAAAAAAAUGAGUUUUCCUUCAUCAUUUUGUUCAGAAAAAAAAAUAGUUUUUGUGGAGGGAGAUACAACUUUUUCGCCUCCUCCUCCUCCUUCUUCUUCUCUCUAAACAUACACAAUCAUAUUCGUUAAGUCACUCGCUUUACGCAAUAAGGCUUCAUUUUACCUCUUUUUAAAUCUCCUUCUUCCUGACUUUCCUGGUGUCAUUCCAUUGAUGUCUCUCUGUCUCUGUCUUUUUCACUCUUUCUCUCUCUCUCUCUCUCUCUCUCUCUCUCUCUCUCUCUCUCUCUCUCUCUCUCUCUCUCUCUCUCUCUCUCUCUCUCUCUCUCUCUCUCUCUCUCUCUCUCUGUGGCCAAUUAAAACGAGUCUGUAAAUCUAUUUCACCUUAAUUAGUAUGUUCUUCGAGUACCAAUUUAGAUUAAGGUAUGUAUAAAAGAAAAGCAUAUUUUCCCCCUUUAUUUUAUGAUGACAUUGAGAAUGAGUGUAUUGUAGUGUACAUAGAUAUAAUAAAGUAUAUGAGCUUUUA